CCUGGGAGGGGUCCUGACUGGAGUUUGCAAAGCUUGGGCCUGCCGCUAAGAAGUGGAUUUUUUCCUCGGCCGCUCUGUGCCUUGGAGGCUUAUCUCUAGAUUAUGAGAAUCCUCAAGUGCCCAUUGACCAAGACUUUACGAAGAUCUAGUUGACAACAUCCUGUCACUCUCCUGAAAUCUGACUGCAAGAGGGAAAGCAUUCGUUGAUUCGUUCAUUCUGACAUUUCAUUUAUUAUUUUGUUUUCUUUUGUCCGUUCGUUCAUUCCUGUUAUUCAGAUCGGGGGAAGAAUGACCACAGCCAGCAGUCCUCAUAAUCUACAGAGCACAGUGGACUUGGGUGCCCAGUACAUCACCUGCACUCCUCAUUAUGCCAAAAAACACCAGAGUUUUUAUGAUGAACUGUUAGCUCGUGGUGUUUUGAAGCCUCUGACCUCUCCUAUUGAAGGAAUGGUGAUAAAAGAAGGAGAUUGUAACUUUGUGGCACCUCACGGAGUUUCUUCAAUUAUUAACCAUUACUUGAAAGAAUCAGGUGCUGAUAUCUACUUCAGACAGUGUGUGACCCAGAUCAACCUGAGAAAUGACAAGUGGGAAGUCCUGAGGGAAACAGGCUCCCCUGAGCAGUUUGAUAUUGUUGUCCUCACGAUGCCAGCUCCUCAGAUUCUGCAGCUUCAAGGUGACAUCGUCAACUUAAUUAGUGAAUGCCAAAGGCAGCAACUGGAGUCUGUGAGCUACUCCUCUCGCUACGCGCUGGGCCUCUUUUAUGAAGCUGGCACGAAGAUUGAUGUCCCUUGGGCUGGGCAGUACAUCACCAGUAAUCCCUGCAUUCGCUUCAUCUCCAUUGAUAAUAAGAAACGCAAUAUAGAGUCAUCGGAAAUCGGGCCUUCCCUUGUGAUUCACACCACUGUCCCAUUUGGAGUUACAUACUUGGAGCACAGCACUGAAGAUGUGCAGGAGUUAAUCUUCCAGCAGCUGGAAAAUAUUUUGCCUGGUUUGCCUCAGCCAGUUGCUACCAAAUGCCAGAAAUGGAGACAUUCACAGGUUACAAAUGCUGCUGCCAACUCUCCUGGUCAAAUGACUCUUCAUCUCAAACCUUUUCUUGUGUGUGGAGGGGAUGGAUUUACUCAGUCCAACUUUGAUGGCUGCAUUACUUCUGCCUUAUGUGUUCUGGAAGCUUUAAGGAAUUAUAUUUAGUACCUGUAUUCUUAUUUUUUACAUGUACUUUGGGGUUUUCACAAUUUUCUGUCAUUGAUUAUUUUGUUUUCUAUUUUGUUGAGAGAAAUUACCGGAAAAUUGUUCUUUACUGAUUGUUAUUUUUCAUAUGGAGUAUAAAAUCAAUUUUAUAAUUUCAAUAGUUACAACUCAUGCUAGAAUGAAAUUCCUUGUACUUUAUACUUUUCUCCACUUUUCUGAAUUGCCAUGUCUACUCCUUGUUGGAGGCAAAGUAGUGCUUAAGAAAAACAAAUGACUCUCCCCCAAAAUUAUGUCAAAUCAAAGUAACAGUUCAUGUUCAGAAACCUUUAUUAUUCUUUUGAAAAUUUCAAUCCCAAGUGAAGAAUAAUCAUUAUCAAGGCCUCAUUAUAAAUCUUCAAGUAUGUCCUUGAUUCAGUAUUUUUACAAAUUGCCAAACUACAAGAUUCCUCCGAACUGUGGAUAACAGAGUGUAAUUUUUGUUUCUCAUUUCUCUUCCAAGUUAUUAAAUGAUCCUGAAUUGUAGGUCACAUAUGUCAUCAUCUCUAAGAACGCUGUUUGGAGGGCAACUUGACUGACAAAGAAAUGUCUCUUCAAAUUUUCAGAAAAUAACCAGAUUCAACUUGACUUUCCAAGUCACACAGUACUUUUUAACCUUAAAAAAAAAAAUCCAGUCUUAAUAGGAAAGAUAAAAAUUAAGGAGAAACUGAGAGAAAUUAUAUUGAUCUUUACCUUUUGCUAUCUCCUGUGGCUAGCGCUGUUACUUUUAUGUCCUCUGCGGUAUGUGCUGUGGCAUUUAGACUCUUGUCAAGUUUAAUGAAUUUAAUACAAAAAAAUUUACUGAACCAGAAAAUAGAUGCACUUAAAACAGUUCAAUAUUUGCCAACUUAGCGGUUCAGCAUAUCACCCACAUGCUUCAGUGACAACCCCAUGACUUGCUGGCUGGAGAGAAAUUGAUCCCCAGCCUUCCAAACAAGCUACCUGUUGCUAAUUUGGAAAGCGAAAUGGUGAGCUCCAUUUUGCCAUUUUGAAAGGAAAGAAAUUGUUGCAACCUCUCAAACUGAGAAAAGUUCAACAAAAGACUCCUUAGCUUGGUAAUAUUUAAAAUCUCACACUUGCGUGCCCACUAUCAUACAUACACACACACAGGCAUGGGCAGAAUUUGUUUAUGUAACUACAGAGUGGGUUUUGUGAUUCUAUGGAAUGUCAUUAUACAUCUCCUAUUAGCAACCAAUUCAGGGAAAACUGAAAUGCCUACAUGUGGUUAAUAUCACUUAUUUUUGAAAGCAUAGAAAGCAGAAGGGAAAUUACUGUGAUCUCCGGUAUGAUAUGAUAAAAAUAUUGAGAUUUCUUUCA